AUCCAGAAUCAGAUAAUGCAACCACCAUCAAUAAAAUAACAAUUGAACCUGAUCCUUUGGUAGCUAAUAACCCAGGCAGGGUUACAGGUUCUGCAACAACAGAAACUGAGAUUACUGAAGACUACGUAUUUGCUUUUGUUUUUUUUGAUCAAAGCAAGAAAAUGUUUGGCGGAAACUAUACAACAAUUUGUGAUGACGGUAAAACUAAAUGUCCAACUAAAGAAUAUAAUAUUGAUCUUAAAUUUGAUGUUCCCGCUUUUACUUCAUCCGACAUUAUGGCAGCUGCAAUUCUUAAUUAUAAAACAAACAUAACAAUAGCUUGUGGUUAUUCUCAUUUUUCCUAA